AUGACGUCUCUCUCGACUUCUUCUUCUUUGACCUCUUCAUGUCGACCACUUACUUUACCAGAAAAGAUUUUAACCCAUUGGGCUGUAGGUCUGACAAAACCUGAAGUAUCUCCUGGUCAAAUGCUUUGUGUCAAAGCACAGUGGACGCUUGCAUGUGAAAUUACGUGGAAGUCGAUGGACAAGACGUAUCAGGACAUGGGACGCCCUCGUAUAUGGCGCAAUGACCGCUUUUGGUUGGCUGUGGACCACACGGUGGAUCCACGUGUUAAUCAUCAACCACGUCAGCAAAUGAUGAUCAAGGCGUCCGAAGAUUUUGCCAAAGAGGCACAGCUCACGAAUUUCCAGCCACCCAAUACGACCAUCUUACACACGGAAUUCUACCGCCAACGUGCGCAACCUGGUCAAAUUGUAGUCGGUGCUGACUCCCACUCAUGCAGUACUGGAGGGUUGGGAGCUUUUGCAAUCGGUCUUGGAGCUGCAGAUGUCGUCAUGCCUCUUGUGACGGGAGAGACAUGGAUUAAAGUACCUGAGACGGUACUGAUCGAGUUUGUUGGCACACCUCCUACGGGAAUGGGUGGAAAGGAUGUCAUGCUGUAUACACUGGGUCAGCUCAAGUGCAACACUGUGGCUAUUGGUCGGUGUGUGGAGUGGGGUGGCAACAUCUCGGCACUGUCGUGUGAUGCUCGAUUUGCUAUUAGUAACAUGACGGCUGAGUUUGGUGGGAUUGCUGGUGUCUUUCCUGCUGAUGAAUGCACUGCUGCCUACAUUUCCAAACGCCCGGAUCACAACCAGGACGCACUCUACUUUCGUGCUGACAAGGAUGCUCAGUACGCUGAGAAGUUCCAGAUCAAACUGGACAACCUUGAACCGCAGGUGGCGUUGUUCCCAUCGCCAGACAAUGUCAAGCCUGUGUCAGAAGUUGUGGGCAUGAAGCUCGAUGGCUGCUUUAUUGGUGCGUGUACUACUGCAGAGGAGGACUUGGUGCUUGGCGCUCUCGUGCUCGAGGCCUGUCUGAAACAAGGCAUGAAGCCUGUGGCUCACGGCCAGCGCCGUGUGACCCCUGGUAGUCAAAUUAUCGUGGACAACCUAAAAAAGCAUGGUUUGAUCGACGUGUACGAGAAGGCUGGCUUUGUUGUUGGCGCUCCAGGCUGCAGUUUCUGCCUAGGUAUUGCUGCUGAUGUUGCUGGGGAGAACGAGGUGUGGCUUAGUAGUCAAAACCGUAACUACCGCAAUCGUAUGGGCAAGGGCUCGAUUGCUAACCUUGCUUCAGCCAUCACGGUUGCUGCUUCGAGUUUCACAAUGGAGGUGACUGACCCCACCCCUUUCCUCAAGCUAAUUGACGUCAAAAAGUUCAACUCUGCUGUGCCCAAGCGGCCAGCGGUGCCCAUCACGGUUGCUGAAGUGAACCCGGAGAUAUUGUCUGCUUCGGCCGGAGGCGAAGGCAAAGCUGAUGCGGAGGCUGCUGCUUCACUGGCGACGUUCUCUGGCUCAAUCAAGGGUCGCGUUCAGGUGUUUGGUGACAACAUUGACACGGACGCGAUUCUUCCGGGUGAGUUCCUGUGCGAAAACGACGUCGAGGCUUUGGGUAAGGUCGCCUUCCUCCACACAAACCCGGACUUUCGUGACAAGGUGAAGCAGGGUCAAGACGUUGUUGUUGCCGGUCAUGGCUUUGGCUGCGGUUCCUCGCGUGAGCAGGCCGUUACCGCUAUGAAGGGCGCUGGUGUGAAAGCUCUGAUUGCUCGCUCGUUCGGAUACAUCUUUUCGCGUAACUACCAGAACUUCAGUCUGUUGGGCAUUCAGCUUGACGAUGACCGCUUUUACGAACUGGCCAAGGAAAAUGCUGACAUUACUGUGAACAUGAAUGGACGCACGAUUGAAGUGGGUGGAGAGACUUUUCGCUUCAAUAUGUCGCUAUUUGAGGAACGUCUGCUUGCUGGAGGAGGUAUCAUGCCGCUGUACAAGAAGUUUGGCAAUCGUCUUUUCCGUGUGGCAGUACAAGACCCUGUGGCCAACAAGGACAGCUGCAGCAGCAGUGGUUGCUCGACUAAGGAGGAGGUUCCUACGUCAGCAGUAGCAGGCGCGUCGAAGGAUCUUUCAUGGUAG